AUGAAUAUUCGUGCACUCGAGAGGACGUCUAUAUCGGCGAGUAGAUCGACAGUGAGACCUGGGGUCAGGGCUGCGACACUUCUCAAUCGGGACUCCUCCACGGAAGUCAUCGAUAUCAAUGAAUUAGGACAAAAUCCCUCGUCAGUCAUUCAAUACAUUGUCACUUUGGCGAAAGACUGUCAAAGCUGCAAUGUUAUAUUAAUGAGCACCGAGAGGGGAGUCGUCCUGAAGACGAUCCGCGUUAUCUCGCCUGGGGAGCCCUUACUCAUGUGGUUCACUGAGAAUAUUCUCGCCAUGAUGAAUAUGCCCUUUCUCACACCGUAUCUCAAUAUUCAAGGUGAAAACCGAUACAUUUGUCACAUCUGUAACAACCUCUUCGAGUACCCGAACCCCUUGAAGAUUCACUUGGCGUUAAAAUGCAAUAAACUAGAUCACAACGAUCUCUGGGCGAGUUUGGCAAAAGAACUGGCAUCGCCACGGCCGCCAAUCGCGAGUCUCUCCCUAAAUCUCUUUCCACCGGCAGUAGGAAGUUCGUUCAAGUUCCAGUUGACGGAGUCCCUCCGAGCGACGACUCCAAGAAUAUCACCAAUUCGUGUGGAAACCCUGAACAGAAGUGCCUCCCCGAGGAAUAUCUCACCGACAUCCUCGAACGGUCCUUCGCCGACAUCCUCGGCGCAGAUCUCACCGAUCAGUUCAUCAACGGAAGUUUCACCUGUUCGCAGUACGAUAUCUCAACGUAACUCUGCAUUCAGGCCGUACAUGAGCAGACCAUCUAGUCGUAGCAGCCACACAAGCCGCACUCCUCACCUGCCAAAUCACCAGGUAAAUCUUUAUCCACGACAGUUGCCACCCCCGACGUUACACUCGGACGUUCAUGCAGCCCAGAUGGAGACAUUCUACAGCAAUAUCGGUAAGUCCAAACAGGGACACCUCUGCGUCUACUGCGGAAAGGUCUACUCCAGGAAGUACGGCCUGAAGAUCCACAUAAGGACGCACACUGGGUACAAACCCCUCAAGUGCAGAGUGUGCCUGAGGCCCUUCGGUGAUCCCAGUAAUCUCAAUAAACACGUCAGACUCCACGCGGAUGGGGAAACGUCGGCCCAGGUUGGAUGA